AUGACUUAUAGUUUGGUUGCUGGUAAAGAUUUCCUACAAUGCUCAGGUUGUGGGGAGAAACUAUACAAGUUGAAAUCUCCAGCAUUCUACCUUCCAAUACCUUAUGUUAACGGCCAUAAAACAACGUUCAGUAUUCUUGUGAAGCCGACCAAUGGAAGUUGGCAUGACUGCCAUGAGAAAGACGCGGAUUUCCAUGUUGGAAUUUCCCCUCGUGAUGCAGGAGGAGUAUCAAGUUAUACAUCGGAUGGUGUCAUCCAGGAGCUGAAUGGAUGGGAGGAAUCACUAAUUGUGUUUAACAUUAGCAACCCUGAGUGUGAGAUGAUGUGGGGGAAGUGUUUGGACCAAAUGUCGAGUGAAGAGAAAUGGUCAAAGUACAAGUAUGACGAAAACCGUUACAACUGUUUUGACUUUGCCCUCUCCUUACUGACACAAGUGGAUGAAUCUGUUAAAAGUUUCUUUGGUGAAUCCCCUAAGCUGAUCCCUUUCUCAUUUAACCGAGAAGAAAUGAGAAUGAGGUUUGUCCGAAGACAUGUUAUGCCACAAGUAAAGAUUGCAGCGAACUAUCAUAAACUAUCGGUUCAAGUCUCGCACAGGGGAGUCGUGGUUAUGGACUCGCCAGAACUUUAUGGAAUCGAAUGUUAA